AAAAUGUCAUUGAUAUUAUCAUUUUAUAUGAUAUCAGUAGAUCCUGUUUAAAAAUUAAAGGUUAAACUUCAAACCAUCGGACGCUAUCAUAUUAUUGUAGAUUAUCUAGGUGUAUUUACCCACCCAUAAGUUGUUUCUCAAGAAGAAGAAGUCGAGUUGUUAUUUAUAAAUUGGAGAUAUUAAAAGCAAGUUUCAAAUGGUCAGUAUUCUUCAAUAAAAAGAAAGGUGGGUGCUAAGCUACAAAACCAAAGAAAUUGGUUUUAUUUAUAUAUGAUAUACAUAAAUUAGAGAUUCUAAUAGCAAUAAACUUAGCUUCUCUAGCACCUACCUUUAAAUGUGUUGCUGCCAUACAAAAAAUAUAUAUAAAUAAAUUUUACUAAAUAUGUUCCAGGAAUCUCGGGCUUUUGACCAAAUAUUGGGAAUAAUAUUGAAUUUUAUGUUCCCUAUCAAAAUGUUAUUAAGAACUUAUUCUUUAAGCAUCUUGAUGAUUGACAUAGUGUGGGUAGUGGUCAAUGCAAUAUGUGCAGUUUUGCAGGCAUCUUUUGAACUGUUUAGACCACCACCAUUGAAGUCUGUCAGAUUGGAGACUGCUCUGGUUAUCGGUUCCGGUAGAGGGGUGGGCCGUGAUAUCGCAAUCCAGUUAGCAAACCUAGGGGCUAUAGUAAUUUGUGUUGAUAAGAAUAAAAGGAAUAACCAGGAGACUGUUGAUAUUAUCAAGAAGAAAGGAGAUUCUGCUGUCAGUUAUAUUUAUGAUAUAACUUCAAAAGAUAAUGUAGAAAACUUAGCAGCACAGAUAAAAAAAGAUUUAGGCUCUGUUACUAUGUUGUUUUAUUGCUGUGGGAUACCUAGUCCAAGAUCAUUGCUGACUCAACCACCAUUUGAUAUACAUGAUACAUUGGAUCUCACAUUGACUUCAUAUUAUUGGUUGAUUGAUCAAUUUAUGCCUACUAUGAAAGCAAAGAAUCAUGGGCAUGUGGUGGCACUAACAUCUGUUGCUGGAUUAAGUUAUAUCAAAGAUCAGAUGCCCCUAAGUGUAGCACAGUUUGCAGUCCAAGGCUUGGCAGAGUCAUUAAUGGAAGAUCUUAGAAUUAACAAAAUUGAUGGUGUCCAUGUCACUCUUGUACAUAUUUAUCCAUUUAUUGUCAACGAUGAUACCACAGAUUUGAGACUGAGAAUCCCAAGUUAUUUUGGAACAAUAACAUCGAGCCAAGCAGCCUCCAGUAUACUGGAGAGUGUGAGACGUAACUACCCCGAGGCUUCAGUACCGAAGCACCUGCUGUACCUCGGUCACCUACUGCGAAUCCUACCGCGGAAGGCGACCGUCCUCAUCAGGGAUCUGCUCGAUACCGGAGUAGACUUCGCAUGACAUGCACAUGUCAGUGUAAUAAUAUUAUUGUAAUGUAAAGGCGUAGGAAUUAUAAUAUGUGUGACAGCCUUUACUGCACCAAAAAUAAUCAAUGGCCACAUAAAUCCUUUUUAUAUCUAGUUUUGUAUUUCCAAAUAUUUCUUUU